AUGUCCGCUAUAUCCAAGCACUUUUAUCCUGAGGUCCUAACGUCUCUCUUUCUUAAAGAGAUAUUUGGUGGUCCACAAAUGCGGCCGCAGGAAGACCAUGCACGUCUUGCUACCUAUACGAUUGACUUCAAUACCCUGCGCCCCGUUCUUGCCUUUGUGAACAUGGAGAGUGUCACUCUGGAUCUUGAGCGAAAGGUCACGCUUGACGACUGUGAGAUGCUCCUUAUAGCGCAGGGUUGGCCACGCCUCCGAACUCUGCGUAUCAAUUCGUGGCACGGCUGGCCUGCACCAGGCUCCUGUAUUACAUUUUCGGGAUUGGCAAUGAUGCUGGCAAUCCUACCAUGCAUCGAGGACGUUUCACUUUCGAUAAAUGCUUCGAUACCUCCCCCUCACCCCAACGUAGGUGAAAAAGAAGAUGCUAGCGGCUCUUGCUGCGCUCCCUCUUCUCUCAAGUCCAUCAACCUGCUCAACUCGAGCAAAGGAAACAACGCUCAAGACGAAACCACUUUCCUGCUACACACGCUCACAAAUGUCACUUCGUGCACCUUAUGUGCGAGGCCUUUCCUAUGGGAGGGGGCGGGUGGCGUGCAUGUACCACCAGGGACCAAGGAAUGGUGGGACAACAUCUUUGAAGCCCUCAAAACUAUGCGCUCGGGAAUUCAGACCGCGUUUGUAUAG